CCCGCUUCACAAUCUUUGGGGCGUUGAUUGCUCAGGUCUUGUGUCUGCAACUCUUGGCACGCUCCCCAAGUCCAUUGGUCCCCUUGGUCUGAGCCUUCCCUUCUACGAUUCGCCCGCCUGCUUCUCAACCUUUCAUCUCACGCGCACCUCCACUCAACAUCCACCGUUCGGAUAUUCCGCCCAUCCAGAGCACCCCUCCCAACUAGUGCUCCACCGAGUACAGUCUGCCCAAAACGGACCUCACGCCUUACUUUUGCGUCCCUUCCCGACAUCCGCUGUUGAAGUCCAGCCCUCCUUAUUCUCGAUAGCAUCGCCCACGUUGCCGCCCGGUGUUGUCCCCACUAGCCGUCCGUGAUGUCACAGAAUAGACCUGGGGUCUUCUCGAGUCUGCGCAUGGGUGAAGUCGUCCGCGAGAAAGUCCAGGAUGGACUUACGGGAGAAACCAAGGAGAUCUCCUAUUCACAAUGUAAAAUCGUUGGCAAUGGAUCCUUUGGCGUCGUCUUCCAAACGAAGAUGAUGCCCAGCGGCGAAGAUGCUGCAAUCAAAAGGGUUCUCCAGGACAAACGGUUCAAGAAUCGUGAACUUCAGAUCAUGCGGAUCGUGCGCCACCCGAAUAUCGUAGAACUCAAGGCAUUUUACUACUCUAACGGAGAAAGGAAAGACGAAGUGUACUUGAACCUCGUCCUCGAAUAUGUACCAGAGACGGUGUAUCGGGCCUCGCGUUAUUUCAACAAGUUGAAGACAACCAUGCCGAUGCUGGAAGUCAAGCUCUACAUCUACCAACUUUUCCGUUCUCUGGCCUACAUUCACUCGCAGGGAAUCUGCCAUCGUGACAUCAAACCUCAAAAUCUGCUGCUCGACCCGAACACCGGUAUUCUGAAGCUGUGUGACUUUGGAUCCGCCAAGAUUCUUGUCGAGAAUGAGCCUAAUGUUUCAUACAUUUGCUCCCGCUACUACCGCGCACCUGAGUUGAUUUUCGGCGCAACAAACUACACCACGAAAAUUGACGUAUGGUCUACUGGUUGCGUGAUGGCCGAGUUGAUGCUAGGACAACCACUCUUCCCAGGAGAAUCCGGAAUCGACCAGCUCGUGGAGAUCAUCAAGGUCCUGGGCACCCCGACGCGGGAGCAGAUUCGCACCAUGAACCCGAACUACAUGGAACACAAGUUCCCGCAGAUCAAGCCACACCCCUUCAAUAAGGUCUUCCGGAGGGCCCCCCAUGAGGCCAUCGAUUUAAUCUCCGCCCUGCUGGAAUACACACCGACGCAACGUCUGUCAGCAAUUGAAGCGAUGUGCCAUCCAUUCUUCGACGAACUUCGGGAUCCUAACACCCGGUUGCCCGACUCGCGGCACCCGAACGGCUCCACGAGGGAGCUCCCUAAUCUGUUCGACUUCUCCAGGCAUGAACUUUCUAUCGCGCCCGCAAUGAACAGCCGGCUGAUUCCCCCUCAUGCACGUCCUGCACUUGAGGCUCGCGGGUUAGAUAUCACCAACUUCAAGCCUCUUACGAAGGAAGAAAUGAUAGCGCGUCUUGACUGAGUCAACUCGUGCAAAUCUGACGAACUACACGCCCUUACGUGUGCAAACAUAUUUGCACCUGAUUGCGGAAAUUUGAUGUCAUGCCCUACGAGCUUAUCUUCAUGCAUCAGGCGGUUCUUGAACU